GUUGAGAGGCGCCGCGCCUUCCUGAAUGACUCGCCGCUGACAUUAAUGUGGUGAUUGCGGCGAUUAGAAAGUCACGUGACGGACGCUUGUUACGAUAGUGCGUAGUGCCAGCACGCCCAGCCCCGCCCCGCCCUGGACCAGGCUGCACCAUACCACCCCGCGCUCCGGCCCGGCCUACCCCGCCCCGCGCGGCAACAAGCAGCGCCACUUUCUACGCCUGUAUAGGAUAACAGUUGCUCUGUGGCGGAGUGUGGAUGCGUGAGCGUGCGUGCGCGUGUGCGUGCGUGCGUGAGUGAGUGGCUGGAGGUCAGCUUUCCUCAUUACCGUCUGGCAGGGACACCCGAUAACAGCCGCGACCCUCGCCCAUCGUGACGCGUCACGGCUCCCCGAUAACCAGAGGCGACACAUGACAGUACUGUGCACCCCUCCUGCCCUGCCCCUGCAGCUGUCUCCUCUGCUGGCUGCAUCACCACCGCCACCGCCACCACUACCAAGAACACCACAUCAACAUCCACAACAUCAACCACCACCAAAAUAGCUCUUCCUAUCAAUAGCGCGCACCCACCGCCGCCACCACCGCCACCACCACCACCACCAUCACCACCACUACUACCAGCAAGCUCGUCAGUGGCAACAUUCCCCAUAGUGGAGUAGUGAGUUGUGAAUCGAGGCCCUCACCACCGCCUCCACUCACAGCCUUCCCUCACUUGCCCGCCACCCCGCGCCUUCCACACACCGCCGCUCCUCCACACCCACACACACGCCUCCACCAAAGCCGCCCUUCCCCCCGCCCCUGUGAUACCCAUGUUGUAAAGACAGUGAUUAAAGAAAGUGAGAAAGUGAGCGGGAGAAAAUUACCCCCAUCGCAUCAUGUUCCGGAGUUCAGGAGCGAGGAUGCCGUCUAUCGGUGCGGGAAGCGUGGACAUUCGCUCCAUCUUUAGCAGCAUCCUAAAUGUGAUCAAGACCCGCGCCAACCAGAUAUGCUCAGCCACGUGCGAUGGUCUGGUGCUGCGUAUGCACUACCGGUGGACCUUCUGCAUGCUGCUCGGGGGUUUCCUCACGGUGUGGUAUUCAUGGUAUCACCGUGACGUGAUCACCUGCGUGUCUCACUUCAACGCGGAGACACAGGUGAGGCUGGACUACAUCAACAUCUGCCUGUCCUACCCCUACCUAGAGGAAGAGGAGAAUGGGCCGCGCCGCUAUAUCCUCUUCUACCGCUGGAUCUCGUGGUCGCUGCUGGUGCUGGCGGGCAUGUACUACAUCCCGCGUAAGAUCUCCAAGAACAUGGACAACGCGCGGUGCAAGAAACUGCUGGAGGACCUGGCCAGCAACGCCAGCAGGUACGACCAGGUGGAGGAGCAGCUAGUGGAAAGGGCGGCGCGGUACCUCAUCUUCAACCUCAAGACGCACAACGGCCUCUACUGGAAGUAUCUGGGCGUCAACGUGCUGGCCCUGGCCGUGGACCUGUUCGCCAUGCAGUACCUGGACUUCAUCCUGCAGGGCCGCUUCAUCAGCUACGGCUUCCGCGCUUACCCUUUCUCCCGUGACCCUCGCUUCUUCACGGACUACAUGUCGCAGACCUUCCCGCCCUUCGCCAUCUGUGAGUUGACCAAGGAGAACCAGCUGACCAACAAGCGUACGGAGAAAUUCGGUUGCCACCUGACCAUCAUGGAGCUGUACGAGAAGGUGUUCCUGCUGCUGUGGCUGUGGCUCAUCGUGCUCAUCUUCGUCACCUGCUGCUAUCUCGUCUUCCUGGGGUGCAUGUGGUUGCCAUGCGUGCGCUGCUACCUGCUGCGCACAGCCAAGCCGGCACACGGCGGUGACAAGGUGCGUAACGUCAUCCAGAAGGUCGCCGCCAACUGCAAGAUCGGCGACAUCUACCUGCUGUACCGCAUCAAGGGACACCUCAGCCACGUGCGCUUCUACGAGCUCAUGCUUCGCCUGUCAGACCCCAGCCUGAGGAGCGCGCAACCCCAGCCCGCGCCGGGGCCCACUCCCGAGGGCAAGGACAAGAUGCCGCCCAACAAGAUGCAGGACACGUUGAGGCGCCGCCCGACCCCACAGGACCAGCAGAUGCUCCCCGAGUACCUGCAGCAGUACCUAAACAACCCUGAGAUGAUGCAGCGCCACCCACAGGCCCCGCACCCAGACCAACGGACGCCGCUGCUAAAGAAGGCCACCAGUAUCUUAAUUGAGUAGUUGCCGUGGCGAAGGUGUUCCGUGCCCGCCUUCCGCCAAAGGUUAGUCAAGGCUAGGGGUGCUAGGAUGCUAGGAUGCCUGCAUGGCCUUCCUGCUGAGCUAAAGGACGCUGAGGUGAGCUUCGCGGCGCAGGCGGGUUCCUUUACUGACAAGAGGGUGGACUGUGCUCAUGCACACGCGCGCGCGCGCACACACACACACACACACACACACACACACACACACACACACCGCGUAGUGUAGUGGUUAGCAUGCUCGGCUUACAAUCGAGAAGGUCCGGGUUCGAGUCCCG